CCCUUAAGGUUGUAGUUCGACAAACAAACAAAAACACACACUCAGCGCACCUGUUAUUCGUGCACUAGUUGUGUGUGUUAGAGAGAGAGAGAGAGAGAGAGAGAGAGAAGAAUAUUGGGGCCCAAUGGAGAAGAAGAGGUUCGCGGUGUUGAUGUGCGCAGAGGAAUCGGAGUACAUGAAGAAAGCGUACGGAGGGUAUUUUGAGGUGUUCAUGAGAAUGCUGGCGGAGGAAGGAGAAACCUGGGACGUGUACAAGGUGCUGCGUGGAGAGUUUCCGCAGGAUCAUGACUUGCUUCUCUAUCAAGGCUAUGUCAUCACUGGCAGUUGCAGAGACGCACAUGGUAACGACAAAUGGAUUCACGACCUUCUCACCUUGCUUCGCAACUUGGAUUCCAUCAACAAAAAAAUCCUCGGCAUUUGCUUCGGACACCAGAUACUUGGGCGUGCAUUGGGAGGGAAAGUGAUUCCUUCUCCAACUGGUUGGGACAUUGGUGUCAGAACCAUAACAUUUUCACCAUCUUUGCCAUUCGCUUUGUCUUCCCUCGAUCUUCCUUCAAGGCUUCCUAUUAUUGAAUGCCACAGGGAUGAGGUCCGAGAGCUACCAGUGAAGGCAGAAGUGAUUGCUUAUUCGGAUAAGACUGGAAUAGAAAUGUUCACAUAUGGAGAUCACAUUAUGGGAAUCCAAGGUCACCCUGAGUACUCCAAAGACAUUCUUUUGCACCUUAUUGACCGUCUGAUUCAACGAGAUUACAUCAUAGACGCUAUAGCUGUGGAAGCAAGGGAGAGGAUUAAUGCAAUGUGGGAGCCAGAUACGGAGGCUUGGAAGAGACUCUGUGUCACAUUUCUGAAGGGUCCAUUGACAUAAAUGGAAUUAAUUGACACGAAAAGUUUUAGUUUAAUGUGCUGUGGGCCAAUGCAUGCACCGCUUAGUACUGUUAUUAGACAAUUUAGCCGUGUUACGUUAGUUGUCAUAGUGCUGAUGGGUGUAUUUUAUGUACCUAUGUUAUCCAUGGUCAUAUUACACCAAUUAAUAAAAAGUAUUGUCACUCUUCUCUCCUUUCCAA